AUGGGGAAAAUAUCCGGGGCGGCGAAGAGGAAGAAGAAAAAGGAGACAGAAAAAGCUUUAGCGGAGCAUAUUGAGAAUUUGGAGCGGUUGAAGCUUGGACCGACGAAGUUAUGGACGGGAUUGGUGGUGCAUCAUAAGGAUGUGUUUGUCACGCACGUGCUUCCGAAAUUGAAUACGACGGAUCGGUAUUUCUUUUCGGAUGCGAAUAGUGAGAGUUGGGGUGUGCUUGAGUACGCAGGGGUAGACAUAUCGAAAUUAUGUGUAAGUGUUCACGUAUGCUCAUCCAUUUCGACGUUAGAAUGGGCGUGGAAUAACAUGCCCUGGGGAAAGAAAAGGCAAAGUGGAAGAGUGAUAGAUCAAGCCUGGUUUUGCAGGGAAGUUGCUGCAACGAACAGACUCGAGUUCCUCAAGUGGGCGAGAGAAGUGAAACAUUGCGAGUGGGAUGAAUGGCCGAUUAAUACGGCCGCAGAUAAAGGCAAUCUCGAGAUGUUGAAGUACUGCUUCUCGAAUGGUUGCCCGUAUGAUGAAGAAGCGUCGUGUAAACAAGCUGCUUGUAAAGGACACCUCGACUGUCUUCGAUUUCUUGUCGACAAAGUGAAACCUUCGCGAGAGACGGAGCGAACAGCAGCACUACAAGCAGCAUGCGGUGGUCACACAGACAUCGUGAAAUAUUUCAUCGAAGAAAGAAAGAUAUCUGAGGAGGUAAAGGGCUUGUGCGUGUACAACGCUGCAAGGUAUGGCCAUCUCGAUUGUAUCAAAUACUUAUUUGGCGAAGAGGCGAAAGUGCCUCUGAACAACUUGCAAUACAUCGCGAACGCUCGUUACAAAGAGCACACCGACUGCGAAAACUAUUUGCUCGAAAGAGGGUGCCCGGAACCAACGGACGAAGAAUACGCUAACUUUUUCGAGCACGUGCGAGCGCUAGAGUCUCAGGAGGAGAACAGUUUCCAUUGA